AUGGUUAGUAUGCCGCAUGGUCUGAUAUCUGCUCCGCGCUUGAAGCCUGCCAUCCGCCUGGCGCAAGCAGUGUCUGAGUACGAAGCUGAUCUGACACGAGACCAAAAAGAGGCGUUUAAUCGCUGCAGGUCUCGCGCAUGUGAGAAGGCUCCAUCGAUUCAAGAUGUGAUGCAGCUCACCGCGGACAUCGAUGAACAAUUAUCCACCAAAAUACGUGGUCGCUGCCUGGGUACCAGAACAACCAGCUUUCUGCAAUCUGUUCAGCAAUUUGUUUCCCUGGGCGACAUUAUUGUUGGGGGAACCCAAAAUCUGGUGGCUAGUGGGGUCUGGGCACUGCUGGUUCUGAAUUUCUCAACAUAUUUUGAGAAGAUAUCCAAUAUCUUCAUGAUCAUUGGGCGCUCAGCGCCACGUUAUGAGAAGCUUGCUCUUCUGUAUCCUCGGUCCAAGGAAUUGCAGUCCCUCCUGCUUGAUUAUUUCACGGUCGUUGUUCGGCUUUGCCAUUGCAUCCUUAAGUUUACUCGAAAGUCGACCCUGGGGAAGAUAGGUGCGACGCUAGACGACUCAGAUCUGAAGACAUUCCUGACUCAACUGGAGACUCGAGCCAAGGACAUCAAAGAUGAGGUGAACUACCUCAUGGCCCAGAGAAUUGAGGAGCAAGCCAGCUUUACUACCCAACUCUGGUCAAGGAAAUAUUCAAAGGAAAUUACUCAUCAGCGCCAGAUGAAAGCCUAUCUUGCAGCUCUGGAGUUUUGUUCCACAUACGACUACAUGGCGCCAUGGAAGCAAGCCCGAAGGCUGGGUAAUACGACCCUGUUCUAUCAAUGUCCGCAAUAUAUCGACUGGCGAGAGCGAGCCUCAUCAUGCUCUUUGGUUCUUACGGGUAGACUGGGCUCAGGCAAGUCAGUACUGUUGGCAAAUAUAGUUGAUGAUCUGAACCUGAAUACUCAGGGGCAGAACACCACUGUGGCUUUUUUCUUCAGCAGGCAUGAUCUUCCAGAUAGUCUGAAGCCUCGAAACAUUAUUGGCUCGAUAGCACGACAGCUGCUUUGGUCAAUACCUGGAAUGGCAGACAAAGUCAGCAAUUUUGACUUCAAAGGGGAGCCCGAUGAGUUUAACACAAUACGACGCCUGAUUGAAACCUGCGUCCCCCCGGACCUCAAGGCUUAUCUUGUGAUCGAUGGCCUAGACGAGUUUGAAACUGCGGACAGACAGGUUGUGAUCCAAGAACUCCGAUGGCUUCAACAAAGGAUAUCACUGCUGCUCUGUGCCUCUGUCCGGAAAGAGCCCCGUGAUUUAUAUGGAAUUGAUCUAGCGUGGGAGAGAUUGGAGUCUGCCGAAAUUGCUGCAAUCCCUGACAACGCCAGCGAUAUUGAAGUUUUUAUUGAGACGGAGUUGGAACUCUGCAUUCGAUCGGGAAAGUUGACGAUUGGAAAUCCGCUACUCAUCUUGGAAAUACAAGAUGCUCUACUGAAGGGAUCCCAAGGGAUGUUUCUCUGGGUGGCUCUCCAGAUAGAUAACCUUUGCACAAUGUGCACCGAUGAGGCGAUUCGUCAAGCACUAGUCGAUCUCCCGCGUACCCUCUCCGAAACAUUCGAUCGCAUUCUUCGAAGGUUUGACUCGAAUGUAGCCAGAACACAUCAAAGGUCAAUAUUGCAAAUAAUCGUUGCAGCUCGGCAUCCCUUGAAACCCGGGGAAUUGCGGGAGGCCCUGAGUGUGGAACCAGGCGAUCCUACAUGGAACCCGUCAAAGCUUGUGAAUGAUAUAUUCGGCAUUCUGACGUGCUGCGGUGGCUUACUCACAAUUGACGAAGAAGAAAAUACCGUGCGGCUUGUUCAUAGUAGUGUGAGACAGUACUUGAUUGGGUCAGAGGACAUGGAUUCAGAGCUCAUGAACACAAAAUUCACGCUCGAGGAAGCAGAACGGAAGAUGGCUGAUAUCGCCAUAACCUAUCUAAACUACGGCGUCUUUGAGACCCAAAUAUCAACUCGGGUGAACAAAACCCUACAGGUUGAUUCGGCGCCUGCAAAAAUUGUGGAAUCGGUCUUCGAAGUCCCGAAUGUUGUCCGGGACCUGGCAAUGAGCCUUCUGAAGCUCAGAAAAACCCCAGGCUUUGACUUGGGCAAAACCCUGGAACAGCUGCGUCCCAGACAUGAGUCAAUAUCCGUUCAAAAAUUUUGCUUUCUAUCAUAUGCAAAGUCCAACUGCCUACAUCACGCCGUCUCCACGCUGAGACACCUGAAACAGGCGAUGUCCCCUGAGAUAGAAAAUUUGUUACUUCGGUUACUUGGUGGCACUAUGCUGGAUAUUAAUACUAGCGACGGCCAUACGUUAUUGCUUCUUGCGGCUGAAAAAGGCAUCGAAUCAAUCCUGAUGGUACUCCUCCAAUCUGGCAAAAUUGAUCCAAAUUCAGCCGACCAAUCUGGCCAAACACCUCUUUUUCUCGCUGCUGCGUCCGGGCAUGAAGCUAUCGUCACAUACAUUCUCGGUAUAAGCACUGUAGACACCAACUUGUCGAGCAAAAACAGACAGAAUGCGCUUCAUGUUGCAAUUCAAAGGAAACACAACUCAGUCGCCGAAAUUCUCAUCAAAUCAACACGGACUAAUCUCAAUGCCAAGGACAACUUUGGCCGGGCACCACUACACAUGGCCCUUGAGUCGUUGGAUACUGACCCCAUCGCCGGACUUCUCCUCAAGUCCUCGUCAACAUUACUCGAUGAGCAAGAGGACUUGCACGGAUUAACACCUCUCCACAAAGCUGUGAUCAUAGGCAAUAAUGCCAUCGCAAAAAGACUUCUCAGUUCAGGCAAAGUUAAAACAAACACCAAAAACCGAGACGGUCAAACCGCUUUCCACCUCGCCGCCAAACAUGACCGGACAGGCGAAAUCACGCAAGUCCUCCUCCAAUUGAACCACACAGACGCAGACCAAGAGGACGAACAAAUGAUCACGCCGAUCCACCAAACCGUCAAAAGCAGAAAUACAGCAACUUUGAAAGUCCUCAUAGACUCCGGCCAAAUUGAUCCCCCAUUCAAAGUCAAUGGGCGCAUUAGAAACCUUAAUGAAUGGACAGUUAUGCACGCAGUCGCGCAAUACGGCGAUGAAGAAAUGACGAAACUUCUUUUGAGCUAUGACCAAGUCGACGCAAAUGCCCGCGAUUUCGACAGAAAAACACCGCUGCAUUAUGCUUGUUCGAGCGGAAAUGCACCCUUUGUCAGAUGCAUGCUUGAGUCUGACAAGGUACUUGUCAAUGCCAAAGACGACAUUGGGAGAACGCCGCUCCAUGUUGCUUUCAUGCAUGAUAGUCCCGGUGUGGCUGAUUUGCUUCUCAAGUCCGAGAGAGUCAAUUCUCUGGAGAAGGAUCUAGAUGGGCUCACUGCAUUUGAUUAUAGCGAUUUGCUGUGGAAUCUGACUGUUGGGACUGUUCAAGGUGUACAAUAA